CUAAUUUUUUCUUUAUGAAAUCGAGCCAUUCGUAUGUCAUAUGCAGAAACUAAAUGGCCUACAAGGUCAGACUUGGCACAUCUUACCUUUGAAACAUAAUAAAGCUAGUAGCCAAAGAAGAUCCUAUCAAAUGCAAAAAAAAAAAAGAUCAACCAAUAUAUUUGAUAAAUCAAUUUUCAUGUGAUUUUAGUACACAAUGAUAGUGAUUGGUGAAGAACCAGCAGCCAAUAUUAUGUAAAAUAAAAAUUUUAAUAUUAUAUAUCUAUUCUAUUCAAUGGCAUUUAAUUAGAGAAUAUUCCGUUAUGGAAACAAAAUUGUCCAAAAUACCCAUAGAAGGUUCAACGAAUUUCGCAUCCUCCAUACGCGUUGGGUCCCAUAUGUGACGUCACUCCCUCCCUAUAAAAGCCAACCAUCUGCAACCUUUCAUCUCGGUUUAAAACACCAAAGAAACAAAUAACAAACACUUUCUCUCUCCUAUCCUGCCAAAAAAAAAAUAAAAAAAUCAAAAACAAACUUAAAGCAAAAACCCCUAACAAUGGUGGUGGCCGUUGAUGCUAACGAGAAGAAAAGUGGAAGCAGUCUUAAGUUUCUAUGCAGCUACGGCGGCAAAAUCCUCCCUCGUUCCACCGACGGGAAGCUCCGUUACGUCGGAGGUCACACCAGAGUCCUCUCCCUCGAUCCUUCCAUCUCUUUCGAAGAGCUCACGAAGAAACUACUUGAAUUCUGCGGAUACUCCGUCGAUCUCCGAUGUCAGUUACCUAACGGCGAUCUCGAGACUCUAAUCUCCGUCAAAUCGGACGAGGAGCUAACGAACAUCGUCGAAUUACACAAUCGCGUCUCAGGAGCCAAAAUCAAAGCCGUUCUAACGCCUCCUCGUAGUCAUAAAUCGCCGUCGUGUUCAAGCGGCGGCGGCGGCGAUCGAUCUCCGAACUCUCCGUUCUCCGUCACGCCGUCCCCGCCGAACUCGCCGGCGUUAGCGUACGGGAGGUGUCUACAGUCUCGGUAUUGUCUACCUCCGACGGAUCUCGCUAGAAGAUUCCAUCAGAGAUCCGGAGAAUCGUAUUGCUACGCUUGUCGUGUUCACAAAGGCUCUAGACUCAUCUGGCAUUGACGGAUACUGAAGGAAAAAUUAAAAUAAAUUCGGGAAAAUGCGAAAUUAAGAAAUUGAAAGUUUUACGAUGUGUUUGUUUUGAGAAGAGAGAAUUAAUUUUUUCCUUUUCCAUUAAUGGUGGGAGACGUGACCAGCGGUGAAAUUAUAAUUUAGACGGAGAACGUGACGGAAAUUUUUGACCGUUACGAACCGUUAAGAGUUGCAGUUACCACGUGUUCGCACGUACGACGUUGUUUUUAUAUACGUGGUACGUGGCGGACAGAGAGAGAUUUUAGCGUGUCUUUGUGCGAGAUUUACACGCGUGUAGGCUAGUGGAUUCGUUAGUUCAGCUCGUAGCAGCAUUGUUUAAUUUUUUUUUUACUUAACGAGGUUUCUUUUAGUCUUGGGCGUUUUGGCUUCUUUGAUAAUGACAGAAGUAAUUAUUUUAUUGUUUCAAUUUUUUAGUCCCACUUGAGAAAAAGAAAAUAGUUCAAUA